GCACGGCCGAGGCGCGGCAGGAGAGGCCGUGACGCGUUGCGGUGAAGGCAGGUUCCUGCCGCCGCUCGCGUGAAGGCGGCUGGGAUGCAGCGUGGAGCCGCCGGGCCGGCGCGGCUGGGCGGCCUCGCCUGAGCGCCGCGGGUGAGGGGCACCCCUCCUGCAGCCUCACCCGCCCCUCAGGAGGGCUGCGGGGCAACCCCGGCCCUCGAGACGGCUGGGGCCUCAGAGUUCUCGGACUAUGUCUCUGCUGUCACAGCUGGAGAAGAUCAAUUUGGGCUCUGUAUUAGGAGAAGCAGACAAUGCCAGAUAUGUUACCUCAAAGAUCCUUCAUCUGGUUCAGAGUCAAGAAAAAACCAGGAAGGAGAUGACUUCUAAGGGCUCCACUGGAAUAGAAGUUAUGCUGUCAACUCUAGAGAAUACAAAAGAUCCUCAAACUAUUCUAAAUAUACUGAAUAUUCUCAUAGAGGUAAUUUCAGUUGGUGGUGGUCGGAGGGCAAACAUCUUGGUCACUAAAGGAGGGACGCAGAUCUUAUUGCAGCUGCUUCUGACUGCCAGCAAAGACUCCCCACCAAAUGAAGAAUUAAUGGUGCUUCUUCAUACCCUUCUUGCAAAAAUUGGUCCGAAAGACAAAAAGAUUGGCAUGAAAGCAAGAAUUAAUGGUGCCCUAAACAUAUCAUUGAAUUUAGUGAAGCAGAAUUUGCAGAACCACAGACUAAUAUUGCCAUGUCUUCAAGUAUUAAGAGUUUACUCAACCAGCUCUGUAAAUGCAGUGUCCUUGGGAAAAAAUGGAGUUGUAGAACUGAUGUUUAAAAUCAUUGGCCCUUUUAGUAAAAAGAACACUAGCCUUAUGAAGGUUGCUUUAGACACACUUGCUGCAUUGCUGAAAUCAAAAACAAAUGCCAGGAGAGCAGUAGACAGAGGAUAUGUGCAGGUGCUUUUAACGAUUUAUGUUGAUUGGCACCGUCAUGAUAGUCGACACAGAUAUAUGCUGAUACGUAAAGGUGUUUUACAGUGCAUUAAAAGUGUUACAAACAUCAAAUUGGGAAGAAAAGCAUUCAUUGAUGCCAAUGGGAUGAAAAUUCUUUAUAACACUUCACAAGAGUGCCUUGCAGUAAGAACUCUUGAUCCCCUUGUGAACACAUCCAGCCUAAUAAUGAGAAAAUGUUUUCCUAAAAAUCGUCUUCCAUUACCAACUAUUAAAAGUGCUUUCCGUUUCCAACUCCCAGUUAUUCCUGCCAGUGGUCCUGUGGCUCAGCUGUACAAUUUGCCUCCUGAUGUGGAUGAUGUAGUAGAUGAAAGUGAUGAUAACGAUGAUGCAGAAACAGAAUCAGAAAUGGAAACUGAAAAUGAUGAUAAGGACCGACAUUUCAAGAAUGACGAUAUUGAGACUGAUAUUAAUAAACUGAAACCUAGACAGGAAUUGGGAAGACCCUUAGAAGAACUGAAAAUGUAUGAACGAUUCUUUCCAGAACUUUCAGAAAACUUUCAGGAAUGUGACUUAGUUUCCAAGGAACCAAAGCCUUUUAUACCUGGUGCAAAUCUGAGUGGACCUAUUGUUGUUCCUACAGCCGGAGAGGAGUACUCUGCUGAAACAAUACAGUCAACAAAAGGAAUUGCUUUGAAGGAGGGCAAUCCUGUGUUGAUAGGGGAAUACAGUAGCAGGCCAGCCUUUCUGGAACUACCAAAGAAAGAUAGCAUCAAAGACAGCAGUUUACAUCAGCAAAAUGAUCAAAGAAACAUAUCUCUAUCCUGCCAGUGUCUAAGCCAAGAAAUUGUGAAAGGCUUAGACAGAAUGAGUUUGCAGAGCAGUGCAAAAAAUGAUCAGUAUUACAGUACAGCAUGCGUAAUAACGAAGGAAAGCAAAACUAGCCUUACCACACUUGCCUGUAGUAACCCAUGUGAACAUGUUUCACCCUGUGGAAGUAGCCUCUUUGAAGGAUCAUCUGUCCACCUGGGAAAACUCUGCUGCACUGGAGUAGAUUCAGAGGGGGAGGAUUCCACAUCUAGUUCAUCAGGGGAACAAGUCAUGCUUGAAGUUUCUGAUGUAUCACCAGUUCAUGACUGUGAUCUUUAUAUUGAAAUGGUAAAAACCACAAAGUCUAUUCCUGAAUAUUCAGAAGUGGCCUAUCCAGAUUAUUUUGGCCAUAUUCCACCCCCAUUUAAAGAGCCUAUUCUGGAAAGGCUAUAUGGGGUGCAGAGGACAAAAAUAUCUCAAGAUAUUGAAAGACUGAUUCAUCAAAAUGACAUUAUAGACAGAGUUGUUUAUGACCUUGAUAAUUUGAGUUGUUUGGUACCAGAGGAAGCAGAUGUUUUGAAGUUUAAUUCCAAAUUUGAAUCUGGAAACCUGCGCAAAGUUAUUCAGAUCAGAAAAAACGAAUAUGAUCUAAUUCUGAACUCGGAUAUAAAUAGCAAUCAUUAUCAUCAGUGGUUUUACUUUGAAGUCAGUGGAAUGAAAACUGGCAUUGGUUACCGGUUUAACAUCGUCAACUGUGAAAAGUCAAACAGUCAGUUUAACUACGGUAUGCAGCCCCUCAUGUAUUCUGUUCAAGAAGCAUUAAAUUCUCGACCAUGUUGGACUCGUGUUGGGACAGAUAUUUGUUACUAUAAGAAUCACUUUUCAAGAAGUUCUAUAGCUGCUGGAGGUCAGAAAGGAAAAUCUUACUACACGAUUACAUUCACAGUGACUUUCCAACAUAAAGAUGAUGUCUGCUACUUUGCUUACCAUUAUCCAUAUACAUACUCAACUUUAAAGAUGCAUCUUCAGAAGCUGGAAUCUAUGCACAACCCGCAACAGAUAUAUUUUCGACAAGAUGUUCUCUGUGAGACUCUGGCUGGCAACAGUUGUCCCUUAGUCACUAUUACAGCCAUGCCAGAGUCUAAUUACUGUGAACAUAUCUGUCAGUUCAGGAAUCGUCCUUAUGUUUUCCUGUCUGCUCGUGUACAUCCUGGAGAGACUAAUGCAAGCUGGGUUAUGAAGGGAACCCUGGAAUAUCUUAUGAGCAAUAAUCCAAGUGCCCAAUGUUUACGAGAAUCUUAUAUUUUCAAAAUUAUUCCUAUGCUCAAUCCAGAUGGUGUCAUCAAUGGAAACCACCGUUGCUCUUUAAGUGGAGAAGAUUUAAACAGACAGUGGCAAAAUCCAAAUCCAGAUCUGCAUCCCACUAUUUACCAUGCUAAAGGGUUACUUCAAUAUCUGGCUGCUAUAAAACGUUUACCUUUGGUCUAUUGUGAUUAUCAUGGUCACUCUCGUAAGAAGAAUGUAUUUAUGUAUGGCUGCAGUAUCAAAGAGACAAUGUGGCACACUAAUGUUAAUGCUGCUGCUUGUGACCUGAUGGAAGAUCCUUGUUACAGGGUACUCCCCAAGAUCCUGAGUCAAACUGCUCCAGCUUUCUGCAUGGGCAGCUGCAGCUUUGUAGUGGAAAAGUCCAAGGAAUCAACAGCACGAGUUGUUGUCUGGAGAGAGAUAGGAGUACAAAGGAGCUACACAAUGGAAAGCACUUUAUGUGGAUGUGACCAGGGCAAAUAUAAGGGAUUGCAGAUAGGGACAAGAGAACUGGAGGAGAUGGGAGCAAAGUUCUGUGUUGGCUUACUGCGUUUAAAAAGAAUGUCCUCACCUUUGGAAUACAGUCUGCCUUCUAGUCUGUUGGAUAUUGAAAAUGAGCUGAUGGAGUCAAGCUGUAAAGUGACAAGCCCCACUACAUAUGUAUUGGAUGAAGAUGAACCUCGCUUCCUUGAAGAAGUUGAUUACAGUGCAGAAAGUAAUGAUGAUCAAGACAUUGAAUUGGCUGAUAAUGUGGGUGAUUAUGAGGCAACUAAUCAGGAAGAUGGACUUUCAGACUCAGAUUCAACAAGGAUACUCCUUUCUUGAACCAGCUUUGCAGCCGGUAAUAGAAAGUUAAGUAUCCUGGCUUUUGUAGUCAAAUACUUCCAUGAUGUUGUCUACCAUGGGGAUAUACUUAAGGAAACACAGAUAACUUGGGUGUGCCUAGCUCAAAGACAAUAAAUAUUUCUGAUAAACUGGCAUUUACUUUA